UUUAGUAAUUUUUCCCUUUUUUCCAGCUGUCAGAUAAAUUCAGAACAAACAAUUGUGUACAGAGCUUGAAUUGUAAAUUGAAUCACAUUUUUGGACAUUCCACCCGAACUUCCUUUUUGUCAGCUGUUUCGAUACCUUAUUCAUCAACCUCCCGGAUGCAUCUACUUUGCCUUGUCUAUCACACCGCACGCCUAAUUGCACCUGCGUUGCUAUGUUGCCUCUCUGCACCUGUAAGCGGUCACAUAACACUGGCCUAAGCGCAUGCUCCCCCGGCGCAGGCGAUCUUAUGCUCUAUGCGUUCACCGGGUGGGGGAGACCAUGCUCUUUUUGGGUAGUUGCUCCGUUAUCAUUAGUUGCCAAAUUAAGGGGUGAUUUUGUGUGUGUUUAAGUGUGUGUUGUUUGGCCCUGCUGUCUAGCCUGUUGUUUAGUGUUAUUCUAUUGUGUGUGUGUGCAUUUGUUUGCGUGUGUUUACGCAAGCCAAAUAACAGCAAGAAAUUGAAAGCAGUUCGAUCGUGUGAGAUCACCUGAAGAUCGCGGUUAAGAAAACAUCAUCAACGAAAUCAACAACACCACAGAAGCAACAACUGAUUCACCACAUUAAAAUGCAGUCCUUUAGGAUUGCAACGUUUGUGCCUGUAUUGCUACUUCUGCUACUAGCAGCACUGGUCGAUGGAUGGCCUUAUCCGCGACCUUUACCACAGAACUUAAGAAGACUGCCAAGGCGGAACGAUUUUGUUGCCUAUAAUUUGCACCGCAUCAUACGACCGCGCGAUGUAAACGAUCUGGAUGUUGAUCAGGCGCGGAAAGCCAUGCACGAUGUACACGAAACGAUCGCUGAAGUACAACGGUUGCUGUCACUCGAUCCUUCCCUUCCCAGAUUAACGAGGGGAGAAAUCGAAGAACUGUUCGAAAAUGUGACCCGCGAAGAGUUUACCAAAUCGCUACGCGCUGGAGAUCACCAUCGGGCGCAGCAUAUGCGAGCGCUCAUGCUAGUAUUACCGUACCAUGCAAAUAACAUGUCGCCGGAAAAUUUACAAAAGAUAUACACCCGUCCACCAGUGACGCGAAUUGUUGGUGCAGCUUCCAACACGAAACCGAUCGGUGUUGAAAAGUUGCCAAUAACACCGGCACGGUUAGUUGCCAGCACUACUACUGCUGCUACUACUACCACCACCGCAGUACCAACAACAUCUGGCCAACGCACGACGACCGCUGCCAUCCCGGUAACGACGAUCCGUUUUACAACACCGCGCCCAACGACUUUCCAUCCAACGCUACCGGAGCGAAUGCGUGAUGCUACUCACCGGAAGGAAAAUCUGAACGAUAUUCUUGCCUCGAUUGGGUUAUCGCAAAGCUCGGAGGAACUUUCCACCCCUCCAACGUUCCGUCCGUUGCCAGUGGUAGUAACGACAAUAGCACCUUCCUCUUCGUCAACGCCGGAAGAUCCUAGCAACAAUGCAAUCAAUGUGGAUGAUCCGAAGGUGGCACAAGAGCUUAAGGAUCUGCUGCGUUCGUUCGGUUUGCUAAAGGAAGCGGACAGUGCUGCCAGUGCGAAUAGUCCACUGCCACACGCGGAACGACUUGUCGACAUACAGCCGGCCGCACUGGUACUGCACGAACCGCUCAAGGUGGAAGAAUCAACACCAACGAUCGAGGAACCGAAGAAGCUGGAAGUUGAAACUACUGGAGGGCUUACACAAGCGAGCGUUAAACCGGAUGACUAUAUUGCCUUCAAACCGCUACCGAUCGGAACAUCUAACGAUGAUGGUGGCACGAAACCAAUCGACGAAGAGCUGGACGCAUUGCUAAAGUCUUUCGGUUUGGUUGGUCCUGGUCCACGGAACAAGAAAUCGAUGCAUCCGGAAAUGACACAAAAACCUCCGAUGGUGAUGAAAUCGGUUCCUUCCAUCGAUGCAGACCUAGUAGCACCACAGUUAAUGUCCGUGCUGGGAACGCUAGGUAUACAGAUGAAAUCUGGCCAACAACAGGCUUCCCUAUCUACCGGAGCGACACCGUUAGUCCGAAGAAGGGAGAAAACGCCACGUAAACUAGAUCCACCUCUAGAUCAAACACCAUCGGCAGCUCAUUUGCGUGUCAGCAAUGAGGAUUACCAGAAGUUGGAACAGCUGUGGCAGACGGUAAAGCAACUCGAGAAGCUAAACGCAUCCCUCACGGACGAUUCGCUCGCGGUGCUCAAUCCGAAACAUUACAAUCUAAGCCCAUCGCUGUUGGCACAGGGUCCGGAUCCGCUACUCGAUGGCAUAGAUGAUCGCGAACGAUUGAACGAGAUCAAAAAGCGUCAAGAACCGGCCACAAGUACUACCGCGACUGCCACUACGGUUCUUAACGAUGAGAGUGCAGCAACGGAGAGCGAUAGUCCGUUCCGUUUCAGUUUACAGCUUAACACGAGCGGUAGUGGCACAACAAGCGAUGAUACCGAGCAGGACGAUUCGUUAGCUAAGACAACAACCAGCGACAUUACACCUGAUACGACGACGAACCCCACCACUACGACUUCCUCUACAACUACUUCAACGACGGAGAGUGCUCGAAAUGCUGCAUUGGAAGAUUCGUUUCCCUCAUCCGAUCUGGCCGGUGAUCCUGUGAAUGAGGAACCGUUGCCACCUCCUCGUCGUAACGGGUUCUACUUUUUGUACGAUUGGAACACGUUCCUGGAGGUGGGCGAAGAACCGAACAAGGUCAUUAUCCGUUACAGCCCACAGGCAGGAGAUCCGAGCCGGUUCCUACCUGUCACCGUACCUUAGAGAGAAAGCUAAGGUUCGGGUCAAAAAAAGACCAGGCUGUAAAAAAUGAAGUUAAACGAAUUGUGGAUAAUUUCACACAUCCCAUGUGUUGCAAGAGGGAACGAUUAGUGUACAUAGUUAACCUUCCUUGGCUCUGUAGCACGUAAAGAGUAGAACUAAAUUAUCCCUUAUUUAUUAUCCUUCCUUUCUCUCUGUCUCUCUUGGAGGAGCAGAAAGGGUUGCUCUAUUGGAGAGAAGUGUUGCAAGAAGGAAGGAAUGCUGGGAAGCUUCAGGUACUUAUAAAUGUAAGCAAUGUGAGCAAGAUUUCGCUGUGCACAGUGGGUAUGAUAAAAUUAGCUUUAGGGAUACGGGGUUCGAAAUAAAGUGCAUCUCUUCCCAAAUCGUUAACGAUGCAGAGCAUGAUUUUAACAUCCUCAUACGACAAUACAUUUUGUAUAGAUUCACACAAUAAGGUUUGAAUUAUGGGAACAAAUGAAACUAACGAAGCGCAUGCAAAUAAAGUAUGAAGUAUCAAGAGA